AUGCAGGACAAAAGUGAGAAUUCCAAUGGGGAAAACAACCUGCUUGAUAGCAGCCUUCUUGCAAAUGACCUUUCCACAGAAGAAAUCUCUUUAUUUCAGCUAAAAUACUCACAGGAAACAUUAUUAUCAGAAAAAACAGCGGCAAAAAGCGCUUUUUCACUCAUAAAUACAAUUAACUAUGACGAAGAUAUCCGACUCCCGCUUUCUGCCUACAGAAGGCCGCUUCCUUCCUUAUGGAGCUUAACAUAUCUUCUUUCAGACAAUACAAACAUAUAUGUAAUCUUCACACCAAACGAAACUAUGAUCUGGAGUUCAGAAACUGAUCGAGAAACUGCAAGAUUCAAACUUGGAUGCGUAGAAAGGAACAAAGCAGUUCUAAUAGACUGUGAUUCUGAUCUUUCUCUUGUUGCUUACACUCAAAAAUCUGGAAUUGUUCUUGUUUCAAAUGUUUUUGACCCUGAAAUUUUUACAUUUCCAGCUGAAACACAAGUUACAAGCCUUUGCGCACUAGAUCGUAAUAAAGUACUAAUCAUAUAUAGCAAUAGAACCGUCUCAAUCUUUGAUGCGGAAAAAAGAAUUUUCGAAAAUAUUAAUUAUCCGUUUUACCAGCGAUUAAACUUCUUCAGAAACCCCAUUAUCAACGAAAGCAUCAUAUUGGUCAACGGCCAUGAUAAAUUAUACGGUGUUUUGAGUGGCUAUUUGACUGUUUUUGAUUUAGAGUAUCAACCAGUCAAAACCAUUUCAAUUCCAUCAGGCAGACCUGUUUCUGCGACCAUGUUUGAUGAUACCAUAUACUUAACUAAUGACAGACGCCAAGUUAUUCGUAUAUUAAACGUAAAUUCAGAAGAAUCUCAAGUAACUACACAAGAACUUGAUGAAUCAAUCGACCUAACUCAUAUAACAGCCAUUUCUAAUACUGCCUGCAUUGUUUGCUCAAGUUGGUCCGCUCAUUUGAUUUCAUUUUCCGAAUUUGUUCUUUCAUUACGUUGUUCUGACACAUUUGACAACUUCAUUAUUGGUAUUUAUGGCUCCCAGGACACAUUGCGCGUCCUUACGACCUCAGGAGGACUUUCCAGAUUAUUUAUUGCAAAUCCAGAGAACUCAAUCCCACUUUUGGAACUUCUCCGUUCUGUUUUGAGACAAUUCAUACACGGACAAAACGUUUUCAACGUUCUUCGUAAUCAUAACAUUUCUCUUGAAGUUUUCAACGAAUUGGACACUCAAUUUGCCGAAACAAACAUCACACUGAUCAAGGAAAGACUCGCAGUACACAGAGAAUUGUAUAGAUUGGCCGGCCAAUACUUCGGAAAAUUUGAUACAUCUUUCUUCUCAUCGAAUCACUUCAAGAUGUCCAUAUUUGAAUCAGCAUUGAACGAUGAUUUCGGAGAACUCUCAGAUUUAAUCAGAUCUGCUGCACAAACUUCAGAUAUUUCAUCUUUAUUCAACUUUUUCGCAGGAAACCCACAAAAGUUCGCUCCUUCCUUCCUCAGAAUCCUCGAGAGAUCCAUGGAUUCUAUGGAACAUGCCGGAUUCGAGACUCAUCAGAAACAUAAUUUCGUAGCAGAGACAGCGAGCUUCGAAGCUGCUUUGAUAGCAUGCCUACAGUUUUGCGAUGUCAGGAGCGACACUUUCUGCGGCCUAGUUCGUAUCUAUGCUUUAACGCAACCAUCAUCUCAAAUUCAGAUUAUGAGGUUGUUCGAAGUAAGAAGCGCUGAUGCGGAGAGAAUUGCUAUAGAGGCAGAAUGCUACACUGCAAUUGCAGAAAUGUCCCACAGAGAUUGCGAUUACAACAGAUUUGACAGAUGCUACCAGAAGCAUGGCGAUAAAUGCGUAAAGAGUUUAAUCUCCUACUACGCGGACCGCGAAGUACCAUACGUUUCGGAUCUUCUCGAAGUUGGUAAAUUCCAUGGCUUCAGAAAGAGUGUCCAGGAAAGCUUAUCGUUCGAUGAAAGCGCCUUGGCCUUCCAUUACAUACAGGAAUCCGGCGCCGAUUUUGUUAAAUCCGCGAAUUUAUUUUAUGAAUAUGUCAGAGCGAACAAGAACGAGCUCUCUGUCAGUCAGGCAGCUUCUUUACUUGCUAUUGCCAAUCUCUGCGUGAUUGCAACAGAAAGAAAAGACGUUGCUCCACUCAGAAGAAAGAUUGAAAAUCGCUUGACACUUUUGGAACUUCAAAAAGUCCGAGGAUUAGGAGCUUUAGAUAUUCUGGACUCAAACGAUUUAGUCAAGCACUUCAUGAAGAUGGGAGAACAAGGAACAACCUUGUCUGUCAUUGCUGCAACAUUUGAUGACAGAAAUGACGACGAAAAUGGGCAAUUGUACAUUGACGCCAUAAUGAUGGAUGCAAACAUCGGAGAAAAGAACCUCACACAGCUAUUAGAAGCAACUGGUGCUGCUGCUGUUUUGCCAAAGACAUUGAAAGCAAAUUUGGAGAAAAAGAUUAAGGAUGUCGCCCUCAAAACUACCAUCUCCAACGCUUUCACUGUUGCCCACAAAAAUAUUGUUAACUCAACUAAUUAA